GCCCGACCGUGAGAAAGAAGCAGAGGACGGAACGGAACCUCAUCGAACUAACCAGAGAAAAGGGAAGGACGGAGAAGAAGAAGAAGAAGAACAGGACGAAUACUGAAAGCGAAGAACGAAAGGCAGAAGAAAUCCGAACAGAGUAGCGCAGUUAGCAAUCGAAUAUGGCGGAGGCCGUUGACGUGAACGCGAAAUGGGACGCUUGUAUCGAUCUGACCGUUCGCCGCUUCGUUUACUCGUCCAUGGCUGGUGCCUUCGGCGGUCUCCUCUUUUUCAGGACACCAGUGACUCGCUGGGCUGCUGUAGCAUUUGGUGCAGGAGUGGGCGCUGGAGCCGCGUACACUGAGUGCUCUCGUAUUUUUGAAGGGUCUCCUGCAACAUCACCAGCUCUUAAGGUGGCGAGUGCUCCAACUCCUCAGGUGAGAUGGAGUGAUUGUUUAUUUGUUGCUCUAAUACAUGCAUUCCGGAAGUUACAUGGGAUUUCGUGCAAUAUGAAUCUGUAUGAGUAGAUUUUCUCCUCCACUGGAAUUAAGUUUGGUACCAAAAACCAUAAUUUUGAUACUGUAGACCGAAAUCACUUCAUUCUCAAGGUAAACUCGAAGUGCUUAAGUUAGUAGAUAAUAAGCAAAGAGGACAAAAGGAACCAUUGAAUUUAACAUUUCAUCAUGAUGAGGCAAAGCAUGUGUAGCAAAAAGGAGUGUUGCCACAUCAAUAGUCUGGAAGGUUGUCUUGAUUCUGAUUCCCGGGCAUUAAAUCGUGGUAUGGACCUCACAGAGAAUGUCACUGGUAGCUGGUUAUGGUAUUCUUCCUUUUGGAGUUCUACGAACUUAAAUUAUCCGGCUAUGUAGCUAAGAUAUCCCGUUAGCAGGUUACAAUGCCGCGGAGAGCCUGAAUGAUUGAUAACGUACUGAUAUAUAGAUGACCAAGUUGACUUUUGGCUGUUUUGUUGAGCUGUAGACUCUUUGAUUUACUUAGUUGUGUCACUUAGUUAAGUUGGCCAAGUGACAAAGGAAACAAAGAGCUUCUUCUUUUUUUUUUUUUUUUGUAAGAACAGUGUGAUGCCAAUCACCAGCAAUGAAAGAUCUGACAUUCUAUUAUGCCGACUUUCUGAUAUUAUACUCAUGUGUAUUUUUCUUGCUCUCCAUAUGUUUUGAGUUGUUAGCUUACCAGUUACCGUUUAAGGUCUACUGAUACCUGCCUUGGUAAGAUAGGAUUAGGAUUUAGGACAGUCAAAAGGAGCUCGAAUGUCCAUAUCGAACUUACUAUGCUUGUGUCUUUGAUUUCCCCUACUAAGUUCCCACCUGUAGAACAUGUGACUACUAUAUGAUAACUCUAGUAUUUCAUUGUCAAACGAAUGCUGCUCUCCGUGCUUUUUCUCUUCUUAUACACGGGUGCUUCCCCCAAAGUUCGUUCAGCUGAUGAAUCUAACGCCCCUUUGUCUCUGCUUGCGUGAACCUACUCUCUGCAGGAGGCACAGGACUGAAACCUUGACUGAGACUGAGAGACUUAUGGAUAUAAUACAAUGAUGAUGAUCAAUUGAAGAACCCGAUGAGGAUUUAUUUUAUUUUUUCACUUUGAGAAAAUUUUUAAGGAUUGAGAACGGUUGUUGCUCCAGCUGCUUCUGCUGCUACGCAACUGCUUAGUACAAAAUGUUGCUACAUUCCUCUUGGUUGAUCACAUUAACAAUCUAGCCUGACAUUUUUACUGUUUGUAUUUGGCAUUUGACGGUAAAAGUCCUCUUUUUUGUCAUGUGGAUUCGGUUUGGGCACCAUGGAAGUGUAGGGCGCUUACAUGGUUGAUAUCUAGCAAUAUCUUGCAGCCAAUAUAAAGCAUGGAAAAACAAUUUUCGCCAACUGGCUCGUUCGAAAAUUACCUGGGAUUAUUUUGACAGAUGAUGAUUUUUGUUUUGACAGACAAUAGAAACAGAUGGAGUUCGUGGUUCAUUUCAGGGGAUAUGUAAUGAAGUGGUUAAAUUUGU